AUGAGGAACCUGAAGGACAUGAUAGUGUCCUAUUAUCACCACUACCAGCUGUGGGGCGAGUGCCACCUCACCCUGGACGAGUUUGCUGAGUGCUUCAUGGAAGCGAUAAUGUACAUGAUGAGGAACCUGAAGGACAUGAUAGUGUCCUAUUAUCACCACUACCAGCUGUGGGGCGAGUGCCACCUCACCCUGGACGAGUUUGCUGAGUGCUUCAUGGAAGACAUACCCAUGUACCUUCCGUACUGGGAACACGUGAUUCCUUUCUGGAACAUGCGCCAGGAGCCCCACGUCCUGUUCUACAGCUACGAGGAAAUGAAAGAGGACUUGGCAUUGGUGGUACGGAGAACGGCUGCCUUUUUGGGGAAGCCGAUCACAGAAGAGAUGGUGGCCCAGUUGGUCGACCAUCUGAGCUUCGACAGGAUGCGAGACAACCCUGCCGUCAACAACAGCUCCGCCGUGGAGCACAUCCGCAAGGAGCACCAGCUGGAGCCAGCUGCCUCCACAGGAAGGUCCUUCAUGAGGCGCGGCGUCGUGGGCGAGGGUGGGCAGCGGCUCUCCGAGGGCGUCCAGCGACGCCUGGAGCGCUGGACCGAGCAGCGCCUCCAGGGCCGUGGCUACACGGGGCCCCGCUGA